AUGGUGCUCGCGCUUCUGAUCCUUUUUGGAUCGGCCAGCGCCAAUAAUGCGUUCCCGCAUUGUGUUGAUAUUCCCGGAUUGUGGAUGUCGGCGCUUUACAUGGAUGUCGUUGAUUUUGUGGCGACUGGUGACACCACAGAUCCGAGAUGGUAUUGUCGGCAAGAUGAUCCGGAUGGCGGCAUCUACUUCAGUAUGCGCAUCGAGCCUGAGAAUCUCAAAGCGCAAUCGACGGAACGACACCGAAUCAGCGGCGAUGGUCCGAUGCGUGCCAGGGACAAUUCGAAGAAUUGUAUGGAUCCGGGCCUCUAUUGGUGCAUCGAGGACGCGAUCAGGGACAGCAAAAACGGCGAUUGCAAAUUCAUCGCUGACACCAUUGAAUAUCGCAUCAACAAGCCGAAUUAUGCGGUAAUUUGUGUGAAAUAUAAAGGAUACGGUUUCGAUGACAUCAUCACGGACCCGAACUAUUGCACGUACGACGUGCCGAAUGGCAUGUUCACUUGGACGGUGGUGAUCGCGAAACUCAACCACGCCAUCCCUUUAAUUCCAUUGCCAUAUAUGCCUGAAAAUCAGUAUGAUAUUCUGUCCAACCCAUUUUUGUGA